AUAUGACUGUAAACGGUUCCAAGUUCGGUAGUUUCCCGCCUGAAUAUGGCCGGGUUGGUAGUUUGAUUGCAAAAUUAGGGUUUCUCAGAUUGACUUCAAAUUCAAACGCAGAGGAAUUGCUGCCGAAAAUCUGAGCCAUAGGCAUAGGGAGCUUUUCCCGUAAGUUGAAUGAGAAACUACAGCCCUUUCAGACCCGAUUCGAGGAUCUGCUAUGGUUUAAUCACCGAGAGCAAGAAAUUCUCCUCUUCACCAACCCAAUUUCUUCCUGUUCCGGAUUUUCGCCCCAAAAGGCAGGAUCUCACCAAUCUCUUGCAAUCAACCGUCUCUGGAGACCCCAUUAGCCGAUACAAGAAGCUCCACGCGCAAAUUUUCGUGUGGGGGCUCCAGUCUGACGUUUUGCUUGGAAAUAUACUGCUGCACUGUUAUUCCCGUUCCGGGCAUUUAGGAGAUGCGAGAAACGUGCUCGAUCAAAUGUCCGAGAGGAACUCGGUUACUUGGUCUUCAGCAAUUUCAAUGUAUGCCCGGCAUAAUCUUAAUGAAGAGGCUCUGACUGCCUUUCUCGAAUUUCGGAGGAGUUCCAUCAGGAGCCUGAAUGAGUAUGUUCUUGCUAGCGCAAUUCGCGCAUGUACCCAAUUGGGUGGUUUGGAUGAGGGCACUCAACUUCAUGGAGCUGUUGUUAAGUCGGGUUUUGGUCAGGAUGUUUAUGUGGGGACGGCACUUGUUGAUUUAUAUGCGAAGAGCGGGGAUAUCAAUAUGGCAAGAUCAGUUUUUGAUGGGUUAGCGAAUAAAACCGCGGUGACUUGGACCUCGAUUAUAACUGGAUACGCAAGAAUCGGAAGAAGUGAAGUUUCCUUAGAGUUAUUUUUAAGACUUGUGAGAGAUAGGGACGCAAAUGGGGUCCCUGACAAGUAUGUCCUUUCUAGCGUUCUGAGCUCUUGCUCUGCGCUCGAGUUCAUUGAAGGUGGGAAGCAGAUUCAUGCCCAUGUGUUGAGACGAGGAGAGGAGAUGGAUGUUUCUGUUGUCAAUGUGUUGAUAGAUUUCUACACAAAGUGUGGAAGAGUGAGUACAGCUCGUAAGCUGUUCAAUGAGAUGAGAGAUGACAAAAAUUUGAUUUCUUGGACAACUAUGAUUGCUGGCUAUAUGCAGAAUUCAUACGAUCGAGAGGCUAUGAAUCUGUUCCGUGAGAUGGUGAGAUUGAAACAGAGGCCCGAUGUGUUUGCUUGUACGAGUAUUCUCACCUCCUGUGGGUCACUUAAAGCACUAGAACUGGGUACCGAGGUCCACUCAUACACGAUCAAGUCAUAUCUUGAUCGCAAUACUUUUGUUAGGAAUGGCCUAAUCGAUAUGUAUGCUAAGUGCGGUUGCUUAGUCAAGGCAAGGAGAGUAUUCGAUUCAAUGGCUGAUGAUCGGAAUCUUGUAUCCUACAAUGCAAUGAUUGAGGGUUAUGCAGGGCAGGAAGAGCUCCACGAGGCGCUGGAUAUUUUCCAUGAGAUGAGGGUUCUAGGCUUCCUCUCUCCAAGCCCAUUGUCUUUUGUCAGCAUCCUCAGGGCUUCGGCUACUCUGUCUGCCUUAGAACUUAGCAGGCAAAUUCAUGGACUAAUGAUUAAGUAUGGAGUUUCCCUCGACCUAUUCUCAGCAAGUUCAUUGAUAGAUGUUUAUUCUAAGUCCUGCUGUGUCAGGGAUGCAAGACUAGUAUUCGACCAAAUGACUGAGAGAGAUAUCGUUGUUUGGAAUGCGAUGUUCUUUGGGUACACAAAUCAGAUGGAGAACGAGGAGGCUCUCAGACUCUACCAAGAUCUGCAGAAAUCGAACGAAAAGCCAAAUGGAUUCACCUUCGCUGCCCUAAUCACAGCAUCAAGCAAUUUGGCGAUUCUUAAAAAUGGCCAAAUCUUCCACGGCCAGCUGAUUAAAUUGCGCUUAUGUGAUGACCCUUUUGUCACCAAUGCACUCGUGGACAUGUACUCCAAGUGUGGAAGCUUAAAUGAAGCUCGUAGGGCAUUCAAUUGUGGUUCCCGCAGAGAUACUAUUUGUUGGAACUCUAUGAUCCAUAGCUAUGCAAAUAAUGGGGAGGCUUGGGCAGCUCUGGAGGUGUUUGAAUCGAUGGUAAAGGAAGGAGUAAGACCAAACUACGUGACCUAUGUGGGCGUUCUCUCAGCUUGUAGCCAUGCAGGGCUCAUGGAAGAUGGGGUACGGCUCUUCAACUCAAUGUCCCACUUCAGGGUUGAACCGGGAACAGAACACUAUGCUUGUAUGGUCUCUCUUUACGGAAGAGCUGGAAAUUUAUUGGAAGCCAAGGAGUUUAUUGAGAAAAUGCCAAUUGAACCAGCGCCGAUAAUAUGGAGGGCCUUGUUGAGUGCUUGCAGGGAUGCAGGAAAUCUCGAGAUGGGGAAAUAUGCCGCUGAGAAGGCGAUCUCUCUGGAUCCGAUGGACAGUGGGUCCUACACUCUGCUCUCAAAUAUUUUCGCAUCGAAGGCCAUGUGGGUCGAUGUGAAGAAGGCGAGGAAGAGAAUGGACAAUAACGGAGUUGCGAAAGAACCAGGGCAGAGUUGGAUUGAGCUUAGCAAUGAGGUUAGUGUGUUCCUUUCUCGGGAUCAGAACCACUCAAAGGCAGAUGCCAUUUAUUCCGUUUUGGACGACUUGCAACUCCAAAUGAGAGAGAUCCGGUAUACAGCCGACGCCGGUGCCGAUCUUGUCAUGAAUGGUUGAAGAGAUCUGAGCUUUAUAGAUCAUUUGAAGACCGUCUAGAUGAGGUUGAUUUAUAUCAGAAAGAAGUGGGGAGAUCUUUCAGAAUUUAACUGAAACUCUAACAAAACGUGAGCUACGAAUCUCAGAAGAUGGAUUUUGCUUCCAUCAAAGGCAACGGAGCCCGUUCUUUACUGAUUUGAAAAAUUUUACCGUGUUUACGAGCUGAAAGGACAAAAGAAUCAAAAGCUGCAGGCUGAUGCUUAUUGAAGCAGAAGUCAGUCUGUUCAUCAUCCUUAUCCUUGUUGGAAGCAGACCAGCACUGAUGAUCAUGUCACGCAAUAUGGCGAGGUCCUGUCGCUGUACAAAGACAAUGGCCUGGGCGCAGCAAUUUUGUUCGCCCCAAUGAUUAUACUGGAGAUAGCAACACACCGCUCUUGCUUCCAUUGUUCCACUUGUUUUCGACAUCUUGAGGGCCCGAGCAUUCAUUGCAUUGUCAUGCUUACCUGUUCAAAAGAAAUCUGUAUUUCCAGGAUGCCGAAAUUUCAAGCGUUCAUUAUGAUCAUAGUCCAAUAGUCUAUAUCAAUCAGACAACAUCAAGACACAUGCGGAACUUC